GCUGGAGCCAGACAGGGCUCUUUUCUCAGUCCCUGGGAAUGCUCAUCAUUACCUUGAGCGGCUCUGGAAGCCGGGCAUACGGAAGGAGGCUGCUCCAAAAACAUUGCCAGCUCACUUCUCUUGCGUCCUGAUCUCUCUUCCUCUCCAGUUUUGAGCUCACCUUCUCUCAUCGGUGUCAAGACACAGGCUCCAGCCAGGGUUGGGGGAAAUCUGUAUUAUUUCUAAGCAAUGGGCAGAGAAGGAACAGCGCUUUGGGAAUUACUUGUUUGAGAAUGAAUACCAGGCGUCUCCUGCGAAGCUUGACAUGGGAUCUUAAUAUUCUUUGAAACUGUCUGGGACAGAAAAAAAUGGUCUCUCUCCUUUUGGGUUGCAAAGACACGGCUGUAUAAGAAGCGAAUGCUAACAGUAUUCACCAUGUUGCUAAAACGCUUGUGCCCAAUGCCUGUCAAUAUAUUUGGACGACCUGUUGGGUGUCAUGCCUGGAUAUUGCUAGCCAUCUUUCAUCUAGCCAUGGAUUUCUCUUCUUGUGAAUCAAAGAUUCAGGGUCAGGGACUCAGCCAGAAUUCAGAGGUGCUCCAUCCAUCACCACGUCACAGACUUGCGACUGACCCUCUCUGGGAGUACAAAGAUGCCCACGUUGGGAGAAUUACAAAAUCCUGGUGGCUUCGAAGGAUUUGGCCUGAAAUCCAUUCUGGAAAACAAGUAUCAAAUAAGCCAAGAGGAGUUCACAAACUCAAGUCAGACACAGGCACCCUGUGUACCAACUGUCAGUCCAAACAGUCUCUGUCUUACAAAUUGGACCCUUCGGUCUCCACGGAGACUAGGGAUUCGGUAAAAUUGACCUCUUUGAAAAGGUCAAGAAGGCAGAGUCACCACUUUCCAUUUGAGAAUUUUGAAAAACCCAAAUGCACUUCUUAUGACAGUGAAGGAACAGCGACUGUGAUACCAUGCGCCAUAGAAUGGGGCCCCACUAAAGAGGAGCUGACAGAGUUCAGCAUGUUUUCAACUCCAACAGGUCUCUCCACCACCACGUUGACCCUGGUGCCCUCCACAAGAAUGACAACUGCCAGAACUACUACCACCACCACCACAGCCAGCAUGACAUCCACCACUAUGCAAACCACCACAGCCACACUCAGGAGCCCGAAGAUGGUAGUGCCUGAGCCACGUACAACAGAACCCAACCUAAGCUGGGAGAUAAGCAACACAGCCAGGCCAUCCCGCAUUGGAGAUACAGGAGGCUUGGCUGUUCACCAGAUCAUCACCAUCACAGUCUCCCUCAUCAUGGUUGUUGCUGCUUUGAUUACAACAUUGGUUUUAAAAAAUUGGAUUCCACUGGUGAAUCUGUAAAACAAAAACGCAAAGAUGUCAACAUUUUUUGGCACACCCGUGGGACAGGGAGUGAGCAGAACCCUUGUUUAUUUUUUUAAACGAGAAUGAGCAUUAUUUUAUGAAGAAGCCGGAGAAAAUAAGGAAAGACUGCCGAAGGAUUGAACCUUUUUACUGGAAGAGGGCGCAGCGUCACGGGUGAAGACAAACACACACGGCAGUCACAUUUCGACAAGACUUGACAACUUUUCAGAAGUGUCUAUAGUGGAGAUACAAUCUCAUAAACUGGGAUCCACUGCCAACAGUGCCAUUAGAUGCCACGUACUUAGAGACUACAGGCUGGUACGAUCCAUGAACAGAAUUACACUCUUGAAGAAGCAUUUAAUAUUUUUUUUUUGUCUGAGGGAAAUAGUAUUGUUUCUUUCCGAAAACAGGACCUACUCAGAGCCGACAGUUCCUAAAGUGGUGUUUGUUGCUUAAGAUUGAGAUUGAAGGCAAUGGUGAGAAAUAGGAAUGCAGCAAGUUCCGUUUAAAACCAGAGUGUAUAUCCUGUUUAACAGACUUAACCCUGGAGAUGUCACAUUUAUAGUUUCCUUUCUAAUCACCCUUUAUUCCUGAAUUUGCCCAUAGAGUCAAAAAGGUUGAGCCUGUGGGCAGAGGAGGAGGAGAACCAGGAUUCUGGACUUGCAUUCACCUCCCUAUCCAAAGUUCUCUCCACGUCAGCAUAAACGAUCCAGAAUGGAGCAUUACCUAUACUUUCUUGUAAAGACAUUGUCGAGCAAAGUUGCUAUGACAACAGGUUUGUUCUGGCAGCACAAUAAGAAGCAAUGCAUUCAAUCAGGACGCUUUACUGCUCAUGAACCCCAGAGCUAUUAAAAAACCUAAAUUGAAACAACUGUGGGACCCGGUGCAUUUCCACUCUACUCAAGAAUGCUUAAUGUUUACCAGAUGAAAUAAAGCAAAUGAGUAUGGUUAAAUCAAAUUCUCUGAAAUUGUCACCAAUUUGGCUUUUGGUAAGAGGUCAAGAACAAAUAAGCUGGCAACCAUUUUAGAAUUCAUCUUGUUAAACAAAAUGUACACUCAAACGGUGGAAUCUGUGUAACUGAUUGUCUUUUCACAUUACCUUGCUGAUUUUACCAAGCUGACAAAAAGGCAGAGAGAAUCUUAUCCCUCGAAAGAGCAACAGACUUUUAUAAUUUCUACAAAACUGUUUUCUGUCAUUUUUUUUCUUGAAAUGGUGUUGUGCAAAUACUUAGAGCCGUGAACACAGAAAUCAAAGCAUCAAGCACACAGGAUAAGGAUCUGUGUGUGGUCAAUGUUGACUGAAUAACACACGCUUUGCAUUGUUUUUGUAGUACACCAAUGCUGUUUAUUGUCUUUGAGAUGGUUCAUAGCCAAUGACAACUGUGGGUUUUUUUAGAUUACAUGAAUAUAUCAUUUUAAAUUAUACUGUAAAAUAAAAUGAAUUUCAGUUCAGCUACAGGAAGCGUCUAGAAAGGAAUGAGUGAAGCUUAAACAUGAACAGGACAUUUGUUCUCUAAAUGGCUCCUCAUUAAACAUUUAAAGCCAGUUCAACCUCUUGGAGUUGGGUUUAAUACGAGCGUCUGCAAGCAUUUUCUUAGGGCCUUUUCUCUUUUCUGACUUUCUCCUUUCCAUCCCAAAAGACAGUGUGUUCCCAAGGCAACCAUUAAUCUCAUCCAUGGCCUCAACCAAGUCCCCAAAAUUAGUAUAUCAACAGGCCAUGUAACACUGGGGACAGUGGUCUGUUCUUGCUCAAUCCCCAGGUUGUACACUGUGGGCAUUUUGGUAGCAGAAACACCAGCUAAUAUUUUUAUACCUGCCAAGGCAUAUAGGGGCUGAUACCAAUUGUAGGAAAGUGGAAAUCUGAAACUCUUUCCUCCCUCUCCCACCCCACCCGCAAAAACAAUCGGCCAGUUGAACAUGUCAAAGCUGAGAUUUCUAAAUUCUUGUUAGAUAAGGCUAUUGGUUGUAGAAAGUGUUAAGUAUGUAGAACAUUUCAGAUCCUGAGAAACUAUUGGUGAUUCAACCCUCAAAGUCAUGUAAAACCCUCAGAAGUUGCCCCUCACGUUAUCCCCAUGAACUGCUACCAACAAAAAGCACAAAUUGGAGUACUGUGGGCAACAGCCAUUUCUAGUCAUCAGAAGGGACUCUGUUGUCCCGAGUUGCAGGUCCCAAUAGGCUCGAGGAACUACAUUGUCCCUAAUUGCAGGCUGAGCUCUUGUGUACUUACAAUUAACAAACAAGUUAUAAUUGCGAAACUUGGGGAUAAUUUUGACCAUAAUACAUCAGAAGCAGAACAGGAGAACUUCUGGGUGGGGGUCUGAAGAUGUAAAAAUUAGGAGUGGGCUUGGCAACAUACCUGAUCUGAUUCCAAACUUUUUAAGACAGGUAAGCAAGUUUAGAACCACUUCCCUUAAACCUCUGGUGUGGAAGUGGAGCAGCUAUACACCCAUCAACUGCCCGAGCAGUGUUGAUGCCAUACUGCUGAGAUUUCCAUGAAGAUUCAAGGCAAUUAACUCUAAAUACUGGUAUUUGAAGCUUUCAGUCCAGCACAAUUCAAAUGUUUCCAAGGAGCACACUGAGGGGGAAGCUCCAAUGUUUGCAACAAAUAAUUUCUUUCAGGGAGCAAAUUUGGCUCAAAUGCAGACCUACAGUAAUCUGCACCUGUUCAUAAUAAAAGUUUGAAAAUCCAUGACAUUCUGUUUCAUCUUGGAGUUUGCUGUUUCUUUAUUAGAAACACGUUCCCACACAAGCUCAGAAGGAGCCACUCAGAUGAUUAAUUAUUUGCCAUCCCAGUGAGUCAUCACACUGUGAGAGAAGCUGUUUCAGACAGGAUUCAGACAGAUCUUUUUUAAUUGAAUAAAAUAUUGUGGCAUUUCAGUUAAUGGACCCCCCCCCCCCCCCCCCUGCUUUGCCUCAACUCAUGACUCAGUGAUUGUGACCAGCGUGUUGCUAUGGGACAGACAUGGAGACCAUUCCAGGUUCGGUUUGUUUUGUAUUGAGUGGGUAGAGAGGCAGUCAGAUGUCAGCUUGUGUGGCAUAGUGGUGGUGUCCCUACCUCUGAGUCAGGACUCCAGGGUUCAAGUCCAACCUCCUCCAGAGAUGUGUACUAAUAUCUCUGAACAGGUCGAUUAGAAACAUCCAGACAGGCAGUAAAUUGCUGCACUUGACCUCAGUAGCUUCUGAGGUCAGGUAGGGAAAGCUAAUUACUGUUCAGCAAUGAAGACAACAAAUGUUGGAGAUCACAUUGUGUCAGGCAUUUUCGAUGGAAAGAGAACAAGGUAAUGUUUCGAGUCUAGAUGACUCUUCAGAGCUGACGUGAAUCGUAGGAGGGGAAAGUGAGGACUGCAGAUG